AUGAUUAAUGUUUUCGCCCCCGAGUCAUUAAUCAGACUGCCUGACACAGUGGAGAUUUGUCUAUUGCGCCGGUCAAGAUGUUCUCAACAAAAACUCUCCUUGAAAAAUGAUGUUGUAAAAAAUCGUGUCUCGAGCGACAUUAAUUUGAAUUUUCAAUAUUUGAAAGUCAAUGGAAUUCAAAAUACUCUCACGGUGUGCGCCGUGAUUUUCGAUUUGGAAUUAAUAGUUUCAAACGAUCUUAACAUAUUUCGGGAUUGUUUCAAAAAGAGAAGAAAUUAA